GAUGAAAAUGUGGACUUUUAUGAAAGAUGCUUUGAUACGGCGAGUUUAAAAUCUUUAGUGUUUCGAUGUCGUGCUAAGACAGAAAAUUAUAAUGUGAGUGUAUUAUCUAAUAUUUCAUUAAUUAUUCGGAAAGGACUUUAUGAUAACAAUAAACAGAUUUUAUGUGAGCAAUCUAGAAUUAGGUAUACUGUAAUAGCUGUAGCACCAAUUGAUUACGCCGCACGAGUUCAAGAGUUGCAUCAGAUCAUACGUCAAAUGGAGGAAGCCGCUUAA